CUCUCUGAGCCACACACACUCUCAGUGAAGCUCGGUGCAGGCAUCACACACACAGACAGCAAUCAUGUCCACUGGAGAUAAGGCCAAGACUUCUUCCCAGACUGACGGCAAGGCCGCUCAGAGCAAGAAGUCUGAGAUGGGGAUGAUGUCCUACAAGAUGUUCGUGUUUGACCAGGAGAACUUCCAGGGUCGCAUGAUUGAGAUCAACAAUGAGUGUAUGAAUGUGUGUGAGAUGGGCAUGGACCGCGUCCGUUCUCUGCGCGUUGAGUGUGGACCCUUUGUUGGAUUUGAGCAGAUGAACUUCUGUGGUGAGAUGUUCAUCCUGGAGAAGGGCGAGUAUCCUCGCUGGAGCUCCUGGAGCAGCAACAACCGCAAUGACUACCUGAUGUCCUUCAGGCCUGUCAGAAUGGACCCAGAGAAGCACAAGAUCUGCCUGUAUGAGAUGGAAAACUUCCAGGGUCGCAAGAUGGAGAUCAUGGACGAUGACGUUCCCAGCCUUUACUCCUAUGGCUUCACAGAUAUCGUGAGCAGCAUUAUGGUCAGCUGUGGAACCUGGGUGGGAUACCAGUACCCUGGAUACCGUGGCACCCAGUACCUGCUGGAGAAGGGCGACUACAGGCACUUCAAUGAAUACGGUGCCCGCUUCCCUGAGUUCCAGUCCGUGAGGCGUAUUAUUGACAUGCAGUUUCACCCACAUGGCUGCUACACCAUGGCCAGCAAGUGAGGCUUUGGGAAGGAGAGAAAGAGAAAGAGCGGAAGUGAGGGAGAGGGGCGGAGCAAGAGGGAACGGGGGAGAGACGUCUGGGCGUCUUCACCUCAGUGCCUUUGAGAGGUCUGUGAUCUAACGGAGUGAAAGGAGAAGGUAUAUUUCUACCCCCCCGACCAGCAGGACCAGUUAAACCACCAAUUCCACCCUCCAUCCCUCUCUGUCUCUAUUUUUCUCUUUCUCCCCUCUGGCCUGUACUUUGCUUCCUCUCUUUUUCUUUCUUAUUUUUUUAAACUCUCUCAACUCAACCCCCCCAUCCAGUCCUCUGAGACUCCAAAGAGAAAACUCAGUACCUCUUGCUGUUUCACACAUGAUUCUCGGCUAAGGGUAUGAUGCACCAUGGGAAACGGAGUCCCUCAUCACCCCCUACCCCGUCUCCUCUUGCCCUUGUGCUUUACAAACCUUUUCUGCUGUACAGAUCCUUAGCCAAGUUUUCAAUAAAAGGAAAAACAUUGAU